AUGUUUUUUGAUCUUGGUAGUACUAAUACUAUAAUUUUAUCGGAAAAAUUAACAAUACCAUUUAUCACAGGAUCAUGUGUUUCUAUGCGUUCAGAAUACUCGAUCCGUAUUUUGAAACCAAUACAAGCAAGAGAAAAAUCUAUCGAUUUGUAUAUGAAAGAUCUUCAUACAAAAUUUGCUGAAUUAAUAUUGGAAUAUUUUGAACAUAAUCGACAGCUUCCAAAUAAACUCGUGUUUUAUAAAAUUGAUGUUGGAAAUCGAUUAGAUAGUGGAUUGAACAUUAUUAAACAAUGUUGCACACGUACAGUUAUUGAUUCUGAUAUCGUUGCACCAAAUGAUUUUUGUUUUUACAUAAAUUCCGAUGCAAAUGUUCAAGGUCUAUCAAAAAUAAUAUUAUACUACGUUUUAAUUAAUGAAAUUGCUUUUAUAUUAAAUGAAGUUCAAUUGUUAAUAUAA